AUGGGGAAAGAACCGAUUGAGGCUGAUUUUGCGAGGCUUGGAUUGAAAAUGUGAGUUUUUUUCUUUCUCUAGUCGAGUUUUAUGUGGUUUCAGAGGGGCAAAAACCUACGAAUUUUGUUAGUGUUCUCAAAAAAUUGUAAAAAAAAAUUUGAAGAUUACAAACUGCUCCAGCUGGUGAUUGACUUCUUGCGAGAUAUAGAAAUUUAUAAAUUUAAUGCUCUUCAAAAAAAAAAGUGUUCUCACGCAGUCCUUGUAGUAGUUUUUUUCGGAAUUGACUGAACUUUUUUCUCACUCUGUCUUUUUUUUGAGAUCCUUUUCUUAGAUUUUUCAUUUAAAACUGUUUAGCCAUAUGAUAACCAACUUGAUUUUUUUUUCGCAACUCUUCAGAGUUGUAUGAAAAGUUCCAAAAGCCCUUGUUACGGUCAGAAACAGUGCGUUCGCUUCUGCAUGUCAAUGAUAACUGAUAGCACUGUGGUCACCGGGCAUUAUCGAUAAAAAUUUGCAGUGAAACGGCCGACGACGCGCCAUUCACUGCGAAGCACUUCGAGUUGUUCGUCAACGACGCCGUCAAAAACGUCCUCGGCUCGUGUGGACCCGUCGUUAAGGUCCACAAGGCUUUUGUCACUGAGUUAAUCCAUUUCGAGCAUUAUCGUGUUGAAAAGUUCGGUUUUUGGGCAAUAUUUGCGCGUUUUGUCGUUUAUUACUCCUAACCGUUAUCUGAUAAUCCUUUAAAAAAAUUUUUUUCAAUUUUUUCUACAUUUUUCAUAGAUUUCUCCACACAAUUUGAAUCAUUCAACAUGUAACUUUGUGCCUGAAAAAAUUUAAAAGAACCAACUUUUUGGUAAGUUUUUUUUUAAACUUAAAUUCAGAAAUUUACCAUUACCGUAAUUGUAGAUUUUUGUACUUUUCAAAAAAUUUAAUAUCGGAAAAACGAUAAAAUCAAUUCGUUGCAUUCAGUCUCUUUUCAAGCCUCCUGCUCUAUAGUCUGUUCAGAUUUUGAAUGUCAAGCAGCUAACUCCACCCCCAAGGCUACAAUAUCUUUCGCGUCAAUGUUUUAUAUCCAGAUGACGAUGGCCCUUUAAUAAGGCUGCAUUUUUGACUUCUUUUUCUAUCCUUUAGAUCAAAAAAGAUCAAAAUUAGUCCCGCGCGUUAAAACAUCGACGCGAAAGGGUACCGUCUCAGCAGGGGCGGAGUUAGCUGCUUGACAUUUAGAAUCUGAACAGACUAUAGCAAAUGUUAAAAAUUUUAACGCGAAAAUUUUCGAACGUUUUUCGGCAACAUCAAACUUCUUGGCUCUUUCUCCUUCAAGUUCAGAAGAACCUUUUUGUCAUGAACUAUCAUUGAACUCACUGCCUAAAUUUAGAAAGUAAUCAGUCUCAUCCUUUAUUCAAUGUUCGAAAUUCUUUUAACACAAACACUAUUCCAAAAACUUCAUUCAGAUCUCUCACUUUGACGAGAAUCGAAAGAUUGGAAGCGUGAUAGCAGUAGGAAACGAAGUUUUGUCGGUUUGGGCUGCAAUUUCCGUUUCUGGCACUUUUUUGAAUCGUCGUGUGGCUGCGCAUUUCCACUCGGUCAAUAUUUUUCAAAUUUUUUUAUUAAAAAAGUUAAAACUUUGAAAAUUUUGUACGUAAACGUGAAAACCUCAUUAUUGUUUAUUUCGGUAGUUUUUCAAGUCUCGGUGUUUUUUCAUCUGUUUUUUUGUAAUUUUAAUCGAUUCAACAAUUCGUUUUGAUUAUGCAGACGAAAACUCCGAAUUAGGCAUGUGAAUCAAGAAGAAGAAAAUUUCAAAAAAGACCAAGUUUUCUCAUUUUCAAAUAUGAACUUUCAGCUGACUGAAACGAGCGUCGAAAACUUUUUCACCGGAUUCUGAAGAUUCUCAAGUCUGUCCAGUGGUUUUACAUCGAAAAGUCCAAAAUCUUACUUCCAGAUAGUCAUGUUGGUCUAUCUCGUGUUGAUUCCUGUCCUUCUUUUCGCCUUCCUUUUGGCCUUUUUCCUCGUCAUUUACUUCUCGAUGCCGUCCAGCCGAGAUUUUCACUUCUUCAAAAAACACGCCCUUGUCACUGGUUAGUUCGUUCAAAAAGUCACCCAAGUUUUUUUUUACCCUUCAAAAUUAAUUUUUUGAUAGAUGAGAUCUCAAUAACGUAUCUCCGAAACGAUUUCGACCUUUGAAGAAAUUAUAGUGUCUCUCAUGAACCACAGUUGCCAAAUUUGAAAAAAAAAACUUUUGAGGGUUCAAGUUUUUAUUUUUCAGAGAAGUCCAAGAAUUUUAUACAGAUGGAAAAAAACAUAUAUAUCCCUAACCUCCUCAAAAACGUCAAUUUUCUGUAACAGAUUGAAAAAAAUAUUCAGGCGGUUCCAAAGGAAUCGGAUAUCAGCUGGCAGCUGGCCUCAUCGAACGUGGCGCGAACGUGACAAUCGUGGCCAGAAAUGUCGACGAUUUGAAGGUUCUUUCUUAUAUUUUUUUGUUUAUUUCUAUUAAAUUCUAUGUCAAAUAAAAAUUUGUACAUUUUUUUAGAAAUAUAUUUCUUUUAUCAUGGCUUUUUUUAUUUUUUUGAUUUAAAAAACUUAAAACAAUUUCUAGAAAUCCUGCGCCUCUCUGCAAGAAUUGGCCGAUGGUCGAGGUCAGCGACAAAAAGUCCAAUGGAAAUCGCUGGAUUUGACCAAGAAUUACGAUGAGGUCCGUUUUUUUGUAUUGUAUUUUUCCAUUUAUUCGAUCUUUUCAAGAUAAAAAAGACGAUCGAAGAGGCUGAGAAGGAGUUUGGACCUGUGGACGUAUUGAUCAACAACGCUGGACAUAGUGUUCAGGUUGAAAAAUGAGUAGAAAAUUUUGGAAAGAAUAUAGAAUUUUCAGGCUCCUUUUGAAAAAAUUGACAUCGAUGAUUUCGAAAAGCAAAUGAGGGUCAAUUAUUUGAGUGCGGUAUGUUUCAAGUUUAUUCCGGAAAAAAUCAGAGAAAUUUUUCACUGGAGCGCACUUUUGGGCCAUUUUUUUUCAUGAAUUUUUGAUGAAUUUUUUGAGGUCUUUGCGACUCGAGCCGUUAUUGAAGGAAUGAAACAACGCAAAUCGGGACAUAUUUCCUUCGUUUCUUCGGCCGCCGGUCAAUUCGCCAUUUAUGGUUAUACGGCCUAUUCGGCGACCAAAUUUGCUCUACGGUCAGAUUUUUCAAGAAUAAUAUUUCACUCACUUUCAGACUUUAAAAAAAUCAGAAAAAAAUUUCAAACUUUUUAAUUUAUAGCACUUCAUACUAAAGAAAACUAUUUGAAGAUUGUCUCAAGUCCGUAUUUUGUAAAAAGUUUUUCAGAAAAUAAUUUUUUUAGUUUCUUAUAUUAUAUAUUGUAAGAUCUGUUUUCCGAUAAAAAAAGAGAAGUUUUUGUAGAGGUCUGGCUGACGCACUUCACAUGGAACUUUUGCCCUUCAAAGUUAACGUAGGGAUUCUGUAUCCGCCAAAUACAGAUACUGAAGGUUUCAAGGUCUGUUUUGAAUUUUGAAAGACUGAUCGAAACAAUCAAAAGUUCAGUAUGAAAUCCAAACGAUGCCGGAAGAGGUGCGAUUGAUCAGCGAGACUGCGGGUCUCUUCACCCCGGAAUUCGUCGCCGAAGCUCAUCUGAAAGAUGUGGAGAAUGGGCAGUACGCGACGACCAUUGGACUCGAUGGCUGGAUGCUAGGUUGAGCCUUCUGAAAUUGAGAAGAAAAUAUUAAUGUAAACUUUUCAGAGCUUGGAAAAGUUAUAUGCCUUGUUCAAACGUCUUGCAGAAACAAAGUAACGAGAUAACAGAGAUAAUUUUUGAAAAUAGUCUCAAAGUUCACUCAAUCCUCAGAUUCACGAUAAUAUAAUAAAUUUAGGAGGAAAACUUUUGAGAACCAUUUUUUUAUAGUUUGCUAUUAUUUAUUAUCUUUUUAUAUCAUCAAAAAAGCCACAAACUGUCAUAAAUAGUAAAAAAAAAACCGUAUUUCGCAGGAAAUCUGACGGCUGGAGCUUCCCCGGAAAAGUCGCUGUGGCGCGCAUUUGUGCAAACUUGGCUGGCAGGGCUUUUCCGCGGUAUCACCCUCGUCUACAUGGGUUAUUUCAACGGAAUCGUCAAGAAAUGCCAUCGACGACGGCUUCAAGAAGCUGCCGAGGCCGAGGAAACGUCCAAGAGUGAAUAG